AUGGCUGCCCCAACAAGUUUCCUGAUGCUUUAUUUUGUGUGUGGGUUUAGCAUUGCCUUGGCAGCAACUCCCAACAUUACCACGGAUCAAUCUGCUCUUCUUGCCUUGAAGGCUCAUAUUUCUUUUGAUCCCCGAAAUCAUUUGACGAAAAACUGGUCUACUAAUACUUCUGUUUGCAAUUGGGUAGGUGUCAUCUGUGGUUCUAGACAUUACCGAGUCAGGGUCUUAAACCUUUCUUUCAUGGGCCUUGUAGGUACCAUUCCUCAGCAUAUCGGAAACCUUUCAUUUCUUGUGAGCCUAAGCAUCCAAAACAAUAGUUUUCAUGGCUCAAUCCCAAUUGAGUUGUCUCAUCUUACUCAUUUGAAAUUCUUAGACUUUGGAAACAAUGAAUUCAAUGGAGCAAUUCCAUCACAAAUGGGAUUGCUAACUAAACUUCGAAUAUUGUAUCUUAACACUAACAAUUUCACAGGUACUAUUCCACCAUCUCUGCCUAACAUAUCUUCAUUGCAAGUUAUUAGCCUUGGACAAAAUCUGCUUUCAGGCACCAUACCUUCCUCUAUCUUCAACAUAUCUUCCUUGCAAGAAAUUUAUCUUGGAGCAAACAAGCUUUUAGGACUGAUGUCCUCCAUUUUCUUCAACAUAUCUUCACUACAAGCCAUUGAACUUGGCGACAAUAUGCUAUAUGGUGGACUAUCUACACAUAUGUUUGAUCAUCUUCCCAAUCUACAGUAUCUUUCUAUUUCUAGUAAUCAAUUGUCAGGUGAACUCCCGAAAAUAGGGAAUUUAACUAUGCUUAAAGAGCUAUACCUUGAAGACAACAAUUUUGAAGGAAAACUACCCCUAGAAAUAGGGAAUUUAACUUUGCUUACAAUGCUAUACCUUGGUGACAACAACUUUGAAGGAAGACUACCCGCAAAAAUAGGAAACUUAACCAUGCUUAUGGAGUUAGACCUUACCUACAACAACUUUGAAGGUUUAAUACCAAAUCAAAUUGGUAAUCUACAAAAUCUAGUGUUUUUCGGUAUUGGAGCCAAUGGUUUUUUUGGCACAAUUCCAUUUGGGAUCUUCAAUAUCUCAACAUUAAGCUGGAUUGGAAUGGCGUUAAAUAACCUAUCAGGCCAUCUUCCAUCAAAUAUGGGUCUCUUCCUUCCAAAUCUUCAAAGACUUUUUCUUGGGUCAAAUAAAUUGAGUGGAAAAAUUCCCUACUCUAUCUCUAAUGCUUCACAGCUCCUUGACAUAGACUUAUCUGUGAACUCAUUCUCGGGCUUAAUUCCAAAAUCGCUUGGAAAUUUAAGAUUCCUCCAGUGGCUCAACUUAGAAGUUAAUGAUUUGACGGUUGAAUCUCCAGAAUUGAGUAUUUUCUCCUAUUUGUCAAGUUGUAUAAAUCUCGUUGAUUUAGCUUUGAGCAAAAAUCACUUGAACGGCUUCCUUCCCAGGUCCAUUGGAAACCUCUCUCUUUCUCUUCAAACACUUCGCCUAGAUAAUUGCAAACUUAAGGGUAGCAUUCCAAUAGAGAUCGGGAAUUUAAGUGGUUUGACUACGUUGACCUUAUCCAGCAACAAAUUGAGGGGACUUGUUCCAACCACAAUAGGAAGUUUGCGCAAGCUUCAAAGUUUGGGCCUUGAUGGUAAUAGACUAAAAGGAACCAUACCACCAGAACUAUGUUAUCUAAGGAGCUUGUUUCGAUUACUUUUAGUUGGUAAUGAUCUGUCUGGACACAUUCCUAGAUGCAUAGAUAAUAUGACUUCACUAAGAGCUCUCUACUUAGGCUUCAAUCAAUUAACUUCUGUGAUUCCAUUAAGCUUGUGGAGGCUUACAGAUCUAUUGGAGGUUGACUUCUCAUCCAAUUCUUUAAGUGGCUCUCUUUCAUCUGAGAUUGAGAAAAUGAAGGUCUUGAGGAUAUUGAAUUUGUCAAGAAAUCAACUAUCAGGUGAUAUCCCCAAAACAAUUGGUGGUCUCAAAGAUUUGGCUAAUCUCUCCUUGUCAAUAAAUCGACUACAAGGCUCAAUUCCUGUAUCUUUUGGUGAAUUGGUAAGCUUGGAGUUCUUGGAUCUUUCCGAUAACAAUUUAUCUGGAGAAAUUCCCAAGUCCUUAGAACGACUCCAUUACCUUAAAUAUCUAAAUCUCUCAUUCAAUAAACUACAAGGAGAAAUUCCCACAAGUGGACCAUUUCUAAAUUUCUCAGCUGCAUCAUUUAUGUCAAACAACGCACUUUGUGGUGCAACUCGAUUGAAAGUUCCCCCAUGUAAAGAAGGUGAUCCUCGAAAAAAAAAGACAACAUGGUCACAUAUGCUAAGGUAUGUAUUGCCAGCAAUUGGGUUUAUAAUGCUUGCACUGACCCUUGCAUUUACUUGGAAAAGAUGGAAAAAGAGGAAUCCAAAAUCUCAUGCUCAAGCAGACUUGUUCCCUCUAGUUACAUGGAGAAGAAUUUCUCACCAACAACUUGUACAAGCAACGAAUGGAUUCAACUCUAAUAAUUUACUUGGUGAAGGAAGUUUUGGGUCAGUAUACCAAGGAACACUUUCAGAUGGGAUGAAUAUUGCAAUCAAAAUUAUGAACUUGCAAGUGAAAGGGGCAUUCAGAAGUUUUGAUGCAGAGUGUGAGGUGCUACGAAAUAUUCGUCAUCGAAAUCUUGUCAAAAUCAUCACCAUUUGUAGCAAUAUUGACUUCAAAGCCCUUGUAUUAGAAUACAUGCCUAAUGGAAACUUAGAGAAAUGGUUGCACUCUCAAGAUCACUAUCUGAAUAUCUUACAAAGGCUAAAUAUCAUGAUUGAUAUCGCAUCAGCAUUAGAAUACCUUCAUCAUGGUUAUUCAACAGCAAUUAUUCAUUGUGAUUUGAAGCCUAGCAAUGUCUUAUUAGAUGAAGAAAUGGUUGCACAUGUUGCUGAUUUUGGCAUGGCCAAACUCUUAGAUGAUAGGGACUCUAUGAUGCAUACCAUGACUCUUGCUACUUUUGGGUACAUGGCACCAGAGUAUGGAUUAGAAGGAGUUGUUUCUACAAGAGGUGAUGUGUACAGUUAUGGAAUUUUACUAAUGGAAACUUUCACAAGAAAGAAGCCUACAGAUAGCUUGUUUAUUGGAGAAUUGACCUUGAAGCAUUGGGUGGAUGAAUCACUACUCUCUUCAAUACUCGAUAUUAUUGAUGCCAAUUUGUUGAGAAAUGAGAAAGAACAUGCUGCCAUGGAGGACUGCAUAUCUUCAGUUAUGAGAUUGGCUUUGGAUUGUUGUGCAGAGUCACCUACACAAAGAAUUGACAUAAAAGAUGUUUCAGCGAAACUCAAUCAGGUCAAAUUAAAGUUUGUACCAGAUAGUAGAAGAGGCUAAGUUGAGUGUCAAGUUUGCUUACAACUCCCUCAUGUUUGUGCCUCUUAUGUUUGGGUUUAGGCGUUAUGCUUCAUUGUUUUCAGACAAAAUUACAAUUUACACCAUAAAUUGUUAGUUCUUUUGCAAUAUUGUCAUGGAACUAUCGAAGUUGUCAUUUUAUCCCCAAACGACAACUUUUUCUGUCAAUUAAUCUUAUAAAUGUAUCGUGUCAUCUAUCUCUUGUAAAUCUAGGUGCUACAAAAACUAGA